AUUUAUAAACAUUAACUCUAUACUCCAAGAUCUGCUGCCUCUUUGACGUUGAUAUGAGACACUUUCUUUGUGCGGAGCUCUGAUCUCGAAAACGAAACAUCGGAAGCUUUAAAUUGUUCACACCGAAGAUUAAAUAUGCUUUUUGUCGGGUAGAAAAUGAAAUUUUAUCGCCGUAAUGGUUUUUAUCAUGGCCGAACGAUCACAAACUCGCUGAAGAUGAAGGGUGUUUAACUCGAACGACAAUGGAAAGACAGUCUGAAGUUGGGAUGGCUAGCCACUGUAGUUAAAAGACAGAAAUAUGAACGUCAAAACAGAAGACUUCACGAUCACAAAGAUCGAUUCACUAGAUCAGAACGGCGGGCUUUCCCCUGGAGGAAAAUCUGUUGGGGAUUUCUUGCCAAAACCAGAAAACGAUCAAAGUCAAGCUUCACCGAACAAAGAUCAUUCAACAAGUUCACCUUCCUUAGCCGGUCUUCUACAACGUUUAUUAGGAUGUCUGAAACCUGUGUGGAUGAUUCUUGGUAAGGCUUCAAAAGAGCGGAAAUCAGAUUCGUGGGUGAUUCCAUUUGACGAAAUUUGCGAGCUGGAAUGGUUGGGUUCUGGCGCCCAGGGAGCAGUAUUUUUGGGACGUCAUGCCGGACAACAAGUCGCUGUGAAAAAAGUUCGUCGAGAGGCCGAUACCGACAUUAAGCACCUGAGGAACAUAAAUCACCCGAACAUUGUCAAAUUCAGAGGAAUAUGUAAUCAGGCCCCAGUUCACUGUAUAGUCAUGGAAUUUUGUCCAAAUGGUCAACUGUAUGAGGUUUUACGUAAUGGACGUCAAAUUACACCUUCCUUACUUGUGAAGUGGUCCAAACAAAUUGCGGAUGGAAUGCAUUACCUGCAUGUUCACAAAAUCAUUCAUAGGGAUUUGAAGUCUCCAAAUGUCCUUGUUGGUGCAGAUGACCUGCUCAAAAUAUCUGACUUUGGUACCUGUCAUUCGGUGUUCUUUUGUGGGAAUUACUUACAGGAGAGAUGCCUUACAGGGAUGUGGAUUCCUCUGCCAUAAUCUGGGGUGUCGGCAGCAACAGUUUACAUCUUCCAGUGCCAACCACUUGUCCAGAAGGCUUUAAACUGCUUAUGAAACUUUGUUGGAAUAGCAAACCAAAGAAUCGGCCAUCAUUCCAACAAGUUCUUCUUCAUGUAGACAUUGCAGCUGGGGAUGUGAUCAAAACACCACAGGAAUUUUAUAUGAACCGUCAAAUAACAUGGAGAGGAGAAAUAAAGGAACAGUUUGAAAAGAUGAAGAACAGAAGUAGUGUACACAUGCAGAAUCUUCAACAACUGCAACAACUUGACGAGGAACUCAUAAGGAGAAGGAAGGAAGAACUUCGACAUGCUCAGGAUAUCCGAGUCCAUUACGAGCAGAAGCUGGAGAGAGCUAACAGCCUGUACAAAGAGUUGAACGAAUGCAUGCAACAUCUGGAGGCCCGAGAAAAGGAACUUCUCAGACGCGAGCGUCAAUUUCGAGUUUUAAACGUCAGGAAGAGGCACAUGAAGGCAGAGCUAAAGGGACGCAAUGCUGAUGUGGAGAAAGGAGACCCUCAUCAAUUCGUUGCAAGGAUACCAUCUUCAAGCUGUCCCAACACCUCAAGUAGUUCCAGUAGUCCUACAGAACAAGACUGCUGGCCCAAAGAAGCCGAUAGUGACGAUCAACAGACACAGAGCUACUUUAAGAAGAUCAAAAAAAGUCGCAGUUGUUUAAGCAAAUCAAAGCGUCGCAGAUCGCCUGGGACACCAAGGGCUGUGACCCAAAAUAUCAAAGAAUUCAUGUCCACAGGGGGUCCAAGCAAAGGAAACAAAAAGGGACCUUAUUUUCAGGGUGGUGUAGAAGGCACUUUGUUGGGUAAUACAGAUGAGAGCCCCGGUAGUUGUAGUGACAUUGACAAUAAUCUUGUUACAUUAAGCUACUCUUGUAGUGAUUGCCCCUACACGCCAGGGUCUCCUGUCAUUAAUGUGACGGGACGGACAGUGAAACGGAGAAAAAGAUGGAACUCAAACUCAGAGAGCUCAUCUGAGUGUAAUCAUCUUUCUCCGCGGAAAUGCUCGGCGGAAGAAAUGUCAGACCUUGAGCCAGAGUUUAUUCCUAAACUGACAAACGACUCCGUGGAAUUGACUGAAGAUGACCAGUUUACAAACGUCAUCCUUCAAUUUUCAGAAUCGUUUCUGGACGAAGAGGUGAGUUUGAACUUACUAAAUAUGAUCUUCAGAUCUACGUAGGCUAAGAGAGCUUUCCAGUAACACAGUUCUGCUCGAACUGGGAGAAACAGACUUAAGCCGGUGUUUAUUCGCUUACGUGCAUUUUGUGUGAUGUCGUUGUUUAGAGAUUGGAAGACUUUUUCUUCCCAUGCAUUAUCGUCUAGAAGUUUGGACACUCAAAACGUCCCCAAUUUCUGGGCUUAACUUCAACGCAGGUGGCAAUGGAAGCGCACAUCACUUCGUCAUAGGACGGAACCAGUUUGACCGAACCAUGUAAAACAUGUCAUUUGUCGCGCGCUUGAGAAACAGUAAGGUCACUGAUGAUGAUUGCCUCCCCGAAGAUAGCUAGGGGAGCACUUAAGGCAUGAUGAGGGAAAGCGCCCUCUGGAGACAUCUGGUUUAAUUUCACUGCUGAAGUCGUCUAGCACUAAACCUCUAGGAGACCAAAUCCUUUCAAAGUACUAUCCGGUUUAAGACGACCAAUUGCACAGACUUUAAGGCACUGACCUCAGGGAGUCAUGGUUAGCAAAUUUAGACAGAAAGUUUUUGACUUCAAGGCUUCCGGUCUGAAAACAUUCCUUGUUGGCCAGCGCAAGCCGGAGUAAGAGCCCGCAGGGAAGUGAAGAGCGACCACAACUUCAGUCAUCUUUGUCGCAGCUUUACCACGAUAUCUCUGCGUGAGCCCGUGAAAGUUCGCGACAAGGCAACACGUUUUAAGUUAUUGUCCCUCGUCAGUCCCCUUGUGUUGCCUUGUCGCGGAAUUGCCCAGACUCACGCAGAGCUAAAAGAAAAUGACUGAGGUUUAUAAUUAGUUUUUUAUUUCGACGUAUAUGUAGACCAGUUAUAUGUAGACCGUAUAUGUAGACCAGGCUGGGGCAUAAAGUAUCCUCUCAUACCCUCGUUUCACCAGCGAUCUCUUUCCACUCGACCAGUGCCGCUGUUAAGAUUUCUGUAUUUAGUUGUUCAAAAUUACCUUCAUCUCUGUCUCAUCAGCGUGAAACAAAGACCUGUCCAUUGAGGUCAUUGAUCUUUUAGACUCGUUUAUUUCUUUGCAGUCGUCCACCCAAGAGGAUAACAAAAGGGCAAGCUGUACUGCCGGAGAUAAAACUCUGUCUCUUCCUAACUCAUCUGUGUAAAAUAAUGUAAUUUUACUAGGAAUAGUUAACUUGCUGCUGGGCAGCAAAUUUUGACAGGUAUGACUGGUACCCAGUGUCCAAUAAGGUCAAUUUAAGCGAGAGGGGGCUGAGCUCUAAUGAAAUAUGGACUUUGUAAUUUGAAUUGUAACUGAGCCUUUAGGCAAAUGAGUAGCUGCUGUCGUUUGGCAACAUCGUAGAAUUGAAUAGCAAACAUCGCAGUUUUAUCUUUUUCUAUUAAUCACAAAUGUUAAAAAAUUAAUAUUUUGCUGGCUCCUCGGCCAAUUGCAAGUGUCAGUGAAAUUUGUACUCUAAUUUCAGUUGUUAUUAUUGCUUCAGCUAUUUAUUUAUUAAAUCGAAUCUCAUGUUAAUCCAGCGCUGGUAUUGCACCCCUGUGUAUGACAAUAAAAUUUAUUUUUUUGUAGAU